AUGGACGCGCAGAUUAGAAUGUUCUUCUGCAACCUUUGCCAGAAACCCUUCACCCACGAGGCCUCGCGGAACCGCCAUGUAAGCUACUGUCGCCGCUCGCGAGAUCGUCCCCGCGUGCGGCAUCAGUCGUGUCAGGCCUGCAGCGCCGCCAAAGCCCGCUGCAGCUUUCAACCUCAGUGUUCACGCUGCCGUCAUAAGGGUCUGGAGUGUGUUUAUGACCAUCCUAACGGUCGGCAAAAUGCCACUCUAACGCCUGCCGCCCUGAAAUCCAAGGCCGUGCCCCCGCCAACCCCGGUGGAUACGUCGACUCCGACGCCGCUUCCCAGGAGCGAGAUCAUAGCUAACAACAUGGAACUGGUCGGCGACGAGUUGUCGUGGGACAUUAAUCUCGAUCUGCUGCAAAUUAAUCAAUCGACGUCGACGGCAGCCCCGGUGUGCGACACAAUCUCUGCGCCCACGACCGCGACCACUAGUACGUAUGUCUCGGAGGAUCCGCAAGUGUCCGAUGCGCAAGCCAUGGCCUCGCUGGAAGAGCUCUACACGACUGGAGAGACACCAGUCACCGGCAAAACCGACUUUCUUUCGACCAUCACGAUCCCCCCUGCCUUGACUACUUUGGAGACGUCCGGGUUUCUCACUCCUCUGCCCAUGAGCAGCCCUGCAGCGCAAUGCAACGCCAACUACAUUAUCCAAAUGUUGCGUCCGUUCCCGCAACUCAUGGUUCAAAAGGCCACCUUCCCUCCUUUUAUCCAUCCUUCGUAUUACAAAAGAUGUACCGAUAGCCAUUCACCCGUACUGCAGGCCCCAUUGGCAAACUGUAUGAGCAUUGCGCAGAUGUUCGUGCCUCGAACCCAAGAGACCAAGCCUUUUGUUUGGAAGACCAUUCGGAUGGAGCAGCGCAGGUUACUAAGUGAGAUGGAAACAUUCGACAGAGAAGAGCUCUUGGCAGCAAUCCAAGUAUACAUCAUCUACCUGAUCAUGCGCAUUGUCGACGACACUCUGCGGCAUUCUGAGCAUGACUUGCAUAUGCUCUUGUCUUUCCAGCUUCUGUGCGAACAAUUUCGCAAAAUAUGCGCCCAGCCAUUCGCGCUGGACGAGCAGGCUAAUCCCAACCACACCUGGCAAGAUUGGAUUUUCUCGGAAUCCCGACGAAGAGUCGCAUGUCUCUGGUUCAUCAUAAGUCGCGUUAUUUGCGUCAAGACGGGCAUUCCCUGCGACACAACCGAGGUAUACCGCGCCAUCCCAUUACCGUCAGGCCACUCACUGUGGACCGCCAACUGCCACGAGGUGUGGGAGGCGGAAUACCGAGCGAGUCAGAUGAAUUAUCGACGACCUCGACUGGCUUAUUUCGGGGAGUUGAUUGAAGCGCAGCGGAAUCCCGGGGAUGGGUCGAACUCCCAGAAGCUGGAUCUUUGGCAUACCGACGCAGAUCAGCUGGGAAUCAUGCUAAUGUUGGCUACUGCAAUGGUAUAA